CUCAGAAUCUGCAGAUAUUGCUCCAGACAUGAACUCUUUCAUGCAAGUGCAUGAAAUUGAGUCAUAUAGAACAUCAGAGCCGAGCAUAGCCUGUGCUGGUUUACAUGACGAAGCUAAUAAGGAGAUAUUUGUUUCUCAAGAUUUGGUGAAAUCGUCUAGCCUAUCUUUAGUUGAUCCUCUUUGUUCCGUUGUGCCGUGCAGUAUUUCUUCAGAAAAUACGAGUCGUACAAUAGCUCAAAAUCAGACGGAUAAGGAAAAUGAUACUGAAGAAUGCUUUAGACCCACACCAAAACAUGGGGUGGAUAAUUCACAUAAAUCCUCAAAUCUAAUUAUUGAACUCCACCAUGAGGAUGUGCAAGCUAUGCCCACAAUUAGCGGGGAAUGUUCUCCAGUCAAAGUUCAUAGGCAGUUGAUUUCACUCAGGACAUAUAGUACGCUUCUCCCAAACAAUGUUUCCAUUUUGGAUCGGAGAAGCCUUUAUCAAAAUCAGUCACUUGAACUAGAAUGUGAUCAGAGGCUGGUUCCCUUAAAUAAGAAUGCGGGAUGCAUUAGAUCUUUUGAUAAAAGGAGUUGUAAAGAGCCCCUUCCUUGUCAGCCUGUAUCCUGGGAUACUGCUGGAAGAGGUAAUGAGGAAAAGGGUGAAACUACCCUAAAUAGGAAUCCAGCUGCAACAAUGAAAAAUCAGAAGAGGAAUUAUCAUGAGACUGCAGAGCAUGGGUUUCCAGUGCAGGCAUCGAAAAAGAGGAGGCAGACUGUUAUUUUUAGUCAUAGGGCACAUCUCGGUCUUCAGGCUCCCAAACCUUUUAUGAACAGUUCCACUUGGGAGAAACAAACCAAAAUUUCAUUGGUACCAGAAAAUGUUGCUAAGCUCCAACAAAACAAAGAACUGCACAAUAUACAAUUUGAAUGCAAGAAUUCCCAUGACAGAGAUGUUUCAUUGAAAAAGAGGGUUCGUUUCUCUGAAGCAGAGAUUCCAGUUCAGCAGAACAAGAACCUCCAAAAGCUAGAUUCUUCAACGAAAAAUUGCUCAACUGCUCAAGCAAGUAAAAGGUGGAAGAAUUCUAAGUUUCAAAGUCAUGAGAAAAGUUGUCUUACAAAUUGUCACCAUAAGUUUGGGAUGAGAUUACUAUUUCAAGGUAUAGAAUUCCUUCUUACAGGAUUUUCUAGUCAGAAGGAAAGGGACAUUGAACACAAAAUAUGGAAACAUGGUG